AAUGGGGCAAGCUAAAUAAAAUCGUUUAAUAAUAAUAAUUAAAUGGUGGUUUGUUUACUGACUGUUAUGUUCCUAGAGAGGGACUGAGUUUGCCAUUUUCAGUUUGUAAUUUGAUUUACAACUUACACUGAUUACGAGACUACCUUGCAACAUUACACCAUUGCUUAUAAUAAGAACCUAUCACCUACUUAUUUAUGUUAUUAUUAUGUUUUGGUAGCGUAAGAUGUUAUCGAUCUAUUUUAUAACCGUAUCAGGUACGGGGCGACUGGCGAGGUAUCGUUUGAUCCUGUGCAGCCAGCCGAGCGAGCCAGCGGAGCGGACGAGCGCUCGGCAGCGGCCGCAUGGCGGACGUCACGUGAGGGCGCGCCAUGCGAGCGCUCCUGCCGCUACUGGCCGCCCUCUCCACCACCGCGGCUGCGAGUUCAGCGCCCCCCGCAACCCUACCGCCGCUCGCGCUAUUGCUACGAGCUGCCUGCAACGGGCCACUCCUCACCGCCUUCGACGAGAGUCGAUUAUUCGACUAUGAACCAGCGCGCUUUAUGUUCACCCAGUACCGCGUGCAUCUCAUAAACUAUGAAGAUACCUGUGGACCCGAAUGGAGAGCUUCGAUGACGAAGCAAGCGCUCGCGGCGCUGAGCGAGGGCGGCUCAGUGGUGAGCUCAGGCUGCCUCGGUGCCCAUGUAUGUGGCGCGCUGGGCGCGGCGGCGCGCGCGCUGCAGCGACCGGUGAUGACGCGCUGCGCGGUCGCGGAAGCGCGCGGCGUGGCGGUUGCGCGGCUGGCAGCGCGCCUGCGCUGGAGGCUAGCACUAGUGCCGCCGGCGGCGCCCACAUCCGAGUGCGAGGCCGCGCUGUUGGAGGUGGCGCGCGCGCUAGCCGUCGCCGGCCUCGCCGUGCGUCGAUCCAAACUGUCACCAGAAGAACUAGAGCGUCAACCCGAUGUUGUAAUCCUAUGUACCGAUCAUGGUACUGGGACACCGGCGGCAGCUGCAGUGACUCAUGCGGCUGACGGAGUAGGCCCCGCGGCGCUGUUGUUGGUACACGUGGAGGAGUGUGGCAGCGCAUCACGUACUGUCACCGAGACGCGACGCACUACGAUUAAAGAUGUUAAUAAUGCGACGCGAACAAGCAAUAUCACUUUAGUUUUAAGCGAAUUCUUGAAAACGAGAAGUAAAAGACAUUCGCAGUCUGAAGAGAUAACGAUGAACGAUCUCAGUACAAAUCUGUCUUCAAAUAAGCUAGAGAACAUUUCAACAGAAACAAGAUUGUUCAAUCAGUCAGUAAUAAAAUAUACAGGCCAUCGUAAAAUCGAUACUGACUCCGUUCAGCUAAGAUCGAAAGAAAAUGGAGAAAGGUCCUUAAUCAAACAACAGGUGCUGGAAAGUAAGCACUCAGUUACUGAGAUCGAGCUCGAAAAGUGGCAGCGUGUGUCCACAGGGGGGUCCGUACCGGACCGUGACACGGAUCGAGUUCAAUCUUAUUUGCCUCAAAUCCAAAUCUCCUUCUUUCGUCGCUUGUUGCUCCUUACCGAUGACCAGUUAACAAAACGCUCAUAUUCGGAUGAAACAAUGAUUUAUGAUGAACUACUCAAAGCUAUUAAAAUUGAUUCGAUUGCCAGAAAAGCACAAAAAGAAGACAUAAAUAUAAAUUUUCAUUUAUAUGAAAAGCAGAACAUAACAUCUCCACAUUGGACUCAUGCAGCUGUGCUGGCCACUACGGUGUCUCGGUCCCUAGGGCUGUCGUACGAACAAAUAAACUCCGUGCAGCUUGUGAACGUGACGGUGGCCCUGGAUAGCUGGAGCUCGGCGGGAGCUGCAGGGACCGCGGGGGGAGCAGGCGCGGGCCGCGAGACCACCGGCGCCGCGGUGUUGUCGGCGGUGGCGGCCUGUGGUGCGCUGGCUCUGGCCGCUAGUACUGCGCUGCUAUUGCGCUGGUUAGCUACUCGCCGCCGUCGCCGGCGCCGGCGCCGUGACGCCGUACUUACUCCGUCCGACUUUAGUUUCCCGGUGGACGAGCGGCGUCGUGUGGGUGAGGGAAUGGAGACCAUGCUUUCAUGUUGGCUGCAGCAGUUGCACGAGUUUGGUGGCCCAGAGCUCGAGCGCCCUGAUCUACUCAAGCAACCGCCUUGCGUCGCGCCUCGUGCGCCUUCCGCGCCUUCGUCUACGUGCAGCGUCAACCGCGUUGCCGUCGACCGUCGCAUACGAUACAAGGGGGACGUGGUGCACGUCAAGUACUUACCGGCGACAGCGGGACUGGAACUGAAACGAAAAGCGACAGACGUGUUGCUCGUGAUGCAGAACCUGCGUCACGAAAACCUAAAUCCUUUCAUUGGGUGUCUGUGUGAGCUGAGGCCGGCUCUAGUAUUCGACCAGUGCGGGCGCGGCUCUCUGGAAGACGUACUGGUGGCGGACGACAUCAAGCUAGACUGGACGUUCCGCCUGUCGCUGCUCACGGACCUGGUGAAAGGCAUGCGCUAUUUGCACGCGUCUCCACUGCGCUUGCACGGCCGACUCACGUCGCGAAACUGUGUGGUGGACUCGCGCUGGGUGCUGCGAGUUACGGACUACGGCCUGCCCGCAUUCUUCCACGCGCAAGCCCUGCCGCACCCGCACCGCUCCGCGCGAGAUCUUCUUUGGACGGCCCCGGAGCUCCUGCGCGAGAGCAACGGCGCAGGUCGCGGCUCCCAGCCCGGUGACGUGUUCGCAUUUGCUAUCAUCAUGCAGGAGGUCAUCGUGCGCGGCGAGCCAUACUGCAUGCUGGCUCUCACGCCCGAAGAGAUCGUGGAGAAGGUGUCCCGGCCACCGCCGCUGAUUCGGCCCUCCGUGUCCAUGGGCGCAGCGCCGCCAGACGCCGUCAGUGUCAUGCGCCAGUGCUGGAGCGAGGCGCCCGACCUCCGCCCUGACUUCCAUCGCCUGCACGACAUCUUUCGACAUCUGCACCGCGGCAGAAAGGUUAACAUAGUCGAUUCCAUGUUUGAAAUGUUGGAGAAAUAUAGUAAUAAUCUAGAAGAACUGAUCAAGGAACGGACCGAGCAGCUCGAUAUGGAGAAGAAGAAGACCGAACAAUUACUAAAUAGGAUGCUACCUAGGUCAGUGGCUGAGCGCCUAUUGCUGGGGUCGCGCGUGGAGCCGGAGGAGUUCUCUGAGGUGUCCAUCUACUUCAGUGACAUUGUGGGCUUCACGGCGCUGGCAGCGCGCUCAACGCCGGUGCAGGUGGUGGACUUACUCAAUGAUCUCUACACCACUUUCGACGCCGCCAUCGAGCAGUACCGCGUCUACAAGGUGGAGACCAUCGGCGACGCGUACAUGGUGGUGGGCGGCCUGCCCGUGCGCACGCGCGACCACGCGGAGGCCGUGGCCACCAUGGCGCUGCACCUGCUGCACCUGGCGGGCCGCUUCCGCCUGCGCCACCUGCCCGACACGCCGCUACACCUGCGCAUUGGCCUGCACACCGGCCCGUGCUGCGCCGCCGUCGUGGGCCUCACCAUGCCACGUUACUGUCUCUUCGGCGACACCGUCAACACGGCCUCGCGCAUGGAAUCCACUGGCGCGGCGUGGCGCAUCCAGGUGUCGGCCACGACGGCGGAGCGGCUGACGGCGGCGGGCGGCUACCGGCUGCGGUCGCGCGGCCUCACCAUGGUCAAGGGGAAGGGCGCCAUGCACACGUACUGGCUGCUGGGCAAGGACGGGUUCGAUAAGCCACUGCCCACGCCGCCCCCAUUGCAGUCUGAAGAGGUUCUGUUUGAAGUAGACGGUGAAAAUGAGUGCGAGUCUCCAGGACCGGAUCACUCGCCACCAGCAGCGGCGCGAGCCGGGGUCGAGCGGCAGCGGUCGGACCCCACCGGCACUCCGGACAAACAAGGUGAGCUGUGCGUGCGCACUGCGUGCGUCGUCGUGCGUCGUGCGUCGUGCGGCCCUG